AGAAACUCCAACUCCAAAGUAGUGGCAGUCUGCGGUCAACGUGCCAGGUUGCGUCCGGAGAUUCCAAAAUUUUGACCGAGCCAUUCCACCCCUCAGCAACGCUACUAUUCGAUUCAGACUAUUUGACGACUCCCUGGAUUACCCCGGAGACGACGUAUACCUCGUACGGAGUUGCUCGAGAAAUCUAUGAGCGAAGUUCCAGGGCGCCCAUCCUCAUCCUUUUCGAGAUAUCACGCUUCCGGAACCAGCCCUUAAGAGACGCUCAUUUACACCGGGGACGGAGGGAUAGUUGCUGAGUGGCUUGUCAUAGCAACACAUACUCAAGAUGGCGAUGCAACUAGACCUGUCUCAGGCACAGGUUCUGAAGGACGAAACAGGCAGACCAUUCAUUGUGGUGAGGGACCAGGGGAAGAAGAAACGAACGCACGGCACCGAGGCGGUCAAACAACAUAUUGUGGCAGCAAGAACUGUGGCGAACAUUGUCCGAACUUCGCUGGGGCCUCGAGGGCUGGACAAAAUUCUCAUAUCGCCGGAUGGCGACAUUCAAAUAUCCAACGAUGGCCGCACCAUCAUGUCGGAGAUGGAGUUGUCCAACCCGAUCGCGAAGCUGAUGGUCGAGUUGUCAAAGUCACAAGAUGAAGAGAUUGGCGAUGGAACGACCGGUGUGGUGGUGUUGGCAGCAGCAUUAUUGGACCAGGCGGCGGAUCUCAUCGACAAAGGCAUCCAUCCCAUCCGGAUUGCCGAUGGCUAUGACCAGGCAUGUGAAGUUGCGGUGGCGCAGCUAGACAAGAUCAGUGACGAGAUCCCAUUCAGCCGGGAGAACCAGGAGAACUUGAUCAAGGUUGCAAAGACCAGUCUGGGGAGCAAAAUCGUCAGCAAAGCGCACGACCAGUUUGCUAAGAUUGCCGUGGACGCCGUCAUGUCUGUCGCCGACCUGGAGCGAAAAGAUGUCGAUUUCGAACUGAUCAAGGUGGAUGGCAAGGCCGGUGGCUCGAUAGAGGAUUCUCUUCUCGUCAAAGGUGUCAUUGUUGACAAGGACUUUUCCCAUCCGCAGAUGCCGAGCGAAGUUAGAGAUGCCAAGAUUGCCAUCCUGACGUGCGCCUUUGAACCGCCCAAACCAAAGACCAAGCACAAGCUUGACAUUACGACAAUAGAGGAGUUCAAAAAGCUGCAGGACUACGAGAAGAACAAGUUUGUCGAAAUGAUUGAGCGGAUCAAGGCCACCGGCGCAAACUUGGUCAUUUGUCAGUGGGGUUUCGACGACGAGGCGAACCAUUUACUCCUGCAAAACAAGCUGCCGGCAGUGCGAUGGGUGGGCGGCCCCGAGAUCGAGCUGAUUGCCAUCGCCACAAACGGGAGGAUCGUGCCCCGGUUCGAGGAUCUCAGCGCGGAGAAACUUGGCCAUGCGGGUGUUGUUAGAGAAAUGACCUUUGGCACUACACGAGAGAAGAUGCUGGUUAUCGAAGAAUGCGCCAACACUCGGGCGGUCACGGUGUUUGUGCGCGGCAGCAACAAGAUGAUCAUUGACGAAGCGAAACGGUCUCUAAACGAUGCCCUCUGCGUCGUGCGCAAUUUGGUCCGAGACAACAGAGUUGUGUAUGGCGGCGGCGCCGCAGAAAUUGCCUGCUCAUUGGCCGUCGAGGACGCUGCUUCGAAAUCGCCCGGCUUGGAACAGUACGCCAUGAGAGCCUUUGCCGACGCCCUCGACGCGAUCCCUAUGGCCCUUGCCGAGAAUUCGGGCCUCAGCCCUAUCGAGACUCUUGCCUACGUCAAGUCCCGACAAGUGAAAGAGCAGAAUACCCGGUUAGGUGUCGAUUGUAUGGGCACCGGUUCAAACGACAUGCGUGACCAUUUCGUCAUCGACCCCCUGAUUGGAAAACGCCAGCAAUUACUUCUCGCCACGCAGUUAUGUCGGAUGGUGUUGAAAAUCAACAACGUGAUUGUUUCCGGUAGCGACGAGAACGAAUUCUGAUCACGCAACUACCUUUGACCCAGCCAUUUCUAUCAAGUCUACAAGAUAAUCAUCCUAAGAUCCUAUGACGUUCUGCCAAAGAAGAGCGGAAUUGCUUGCCAGUGGCCAUGGGCAGCAAAAGGGAGUCCUGACCUGACAUGAACUUGGUUUCUUGUCAAUUCUGUAUAAAAAGCCCGCAACCGUGAUGCCCCACGACAAGAGUGUGAAAUAGAAAUGGAUAAAAUUGAAAAGGCAUUGAAAGGUUUUGGUUCUCCGUCCUGCGGAAUCCGGGAGCAGAAUCCGAUCGGCGUCGACACCGUUGGUUGCAGUGGUGGCUACGCAGAAACCCAAGAAAUUUCCUUCCCAUCCAUUUUAGGCCACUGAUUGAGUCAGUCAGUGUAUUGCUGUGACCUGCUCGUCGGAAAAGGUAUAUGUGGCUAUGGGUUCCAAUUCACGAGAACCAUUCUGGUAGAUAGCGCACCCGGGGUCUGGGCUGUCUCUUUAGACAAGAUAGAGCACCAUUUUGUACUGCAGUGUGGCUGCUGGUGAAAAAAUGAAUUAAAUAUGUUUGACCUGAAGUGCUUUUUGUUCUGGACCUGCCCGUAGCUGUUAUCACUUCUUAUAUACACUUUCCCCAACUUUCAC